UCCGCGGAGCAGCAGAGAAUGGAAAGCGGUGGUGGCGAAAGGAUGAGAGAACUGUUGGAGAAAUUGACCCUGGAAGAGAAAAUCCGACUUUUAAGCGCCGAGAACGUAUGGGAAACACCUGAAAUUGAAAGGGUUGGAAUUCCGUCUCUGAAGGUGACAGACGGCCCCAAUGGUGCGCGAGGAGGUUCGUUUUUCGACGGCACGACCGCCGCUUGCUUCCCUUCCUGUGUUUCCCUUGCUGCAACUUUCAACCGCAACCUCUCCUACCAAGUCGGCAAAGCCCUAGGCGAAGAAGCCAUCUCAAAGGGUGCGUAUCUUCUCUUAGGCCCGACAGUAUGCUGUCAUCGUUCGCCACUCGGGGGCCGCAACUUCGAGGCUUUCUCCGAAGAUCCAUACUUAUCGGGUGCAUUGGCGAGCGAGUAUGUCAAAGGACUGCAACAGGAGAACAGAGUCGCGUGUGCACUCAAGCACUUUUUGGCCAAUGAGCAGGACACAAGAAGGUUUUCAGUCAACGAAAUGAUAUCGGAGAGGGCUCUGAGGGAGAUUUACCUGAAGCCGUUUGAAAUCGUGGCUAAGGAGGCUGAUCCGUGGUCCUUCAUGUCCAGCUAUCCUAAGAUCAAUGGCCAACACGUAGACGCGCAAUCGAAGUUUCUGAUCGAUAUUCUUCGGAAUGAAUGGAAGUACGACGGCAUGGUCAUGUCGGACUGGGGUGCUACUAGCUCUAUCGAAAGUGUUCGUUGCGGUCUUGAUAUGGAAAUGCCAGGCCCUCCGCGCCAGAGAACGCUCGAAGCUACCCAAGCGGCCCUCAAGACUGGCCAGAUCAAGGAAAGCGACAUUGAUGCGCGCGUUCUCGCGACUCUUAAACUUCUGGAGAAGGUGGGUAAAUUCGAUGACCGGAAGACCACACCAGAGGAACAGGCCUUAGAUCGACCUGAGCACCGAUCUUUGAUUCGAAAAGCCGGAAGUGAAGGUCUCGUAUUACUCAAGAACGAAGGCCAAAUCUUACCAAUUGAUCCCAAGAAGACAAAAAAGAUCACGCUCUUAGGUCCGCUAGCCAAGUAUGCUGCUGCACACGGCGGCGGGAGUGCAAGCCUGAAUUGCCACUACAAAGUCACCCCUUAUGAUGCCUUUACAGAGAGGCUUGGAAAAGACGUCGAAAUAACACACUCUAAAGGCGCACAUAUUUUUCGCGUAUAUGCGGACCUCGAAGCUGGCUGCGUCAACUCGCGUGGCAACCCAGGCUUUCUCGCGGAAUAUUUCAUGAAUUUGCAGCCUUGCGACCUGCCUUUUCGCACUGAAGAAUUUCCUCGCGGCAAUUUCACCACACUCAUGAACACUCACGUCAUUGGUUGUAAGACGGUACGAUUUUCCACCACAUAUCGCCCUCCAGUAUCCGGUCAACACUACCUCAGCUUCUCCGGACUAGGGCCUUCUAAACUCUAUAUCAACGGCACCUUAGUAGCAGAGCAGCGCGAAUCAAUCAAGGAUGCCAUGGGCUUCUUUCUCGGAGUUCAAGAAGAAGUGCGCACUCAAUACGAGUUCGACUCAAGCAAAGAGUACAGCAUCGUCACCGAAACACACCCAUCGCCAUAUUCCAACGCAGAGCUGUACUUGAUGGAAGAUCAAUGCUCCACCCACAUAGGCCUUAUUGAACAAUCGGAAAUGGAGCAAGACGUUCUUUCGGAAGCUAUUGAUCUGGCACGCGAAGCAGACUUAGCCAUCGUCUUUGUAGGCAAUACCACUCAGUGGGAAACGGAAGGACAGGACCUCGAGUCUAUGACUCUCCCCGCCAACGGCUCGCAAGAUAGGCUUGUCGCAGCUAUUGUAGCUGCCAAUCCAAACAUUAUUGUUGUGAAUACGACUGGCGUCCCUGUCGAACUCCCAUGGCUGGACAGGGUGCCGGCCUUCAUCCAAGCUUGGUAUGCAGGCCAGGAGACUGGAAACGCAAUUCUCGAUGUAUUGCUCGGUGAGACGUGUCCGAGUGGCAAGCUACCCGUAAGCUGGCCAAAGAAGUAUGAACACACGGGUUGUUUCGAGCACUUCGGCCUUGACAGUUUCGAUUCCCGGAUAGUGGAGUACGUCGAGGGUGUGUUCGUUGGGUAUCGAUGGUUCGAUAAGAUGUGGGGAGGAGAAAAAGAGGUUCGCUUUCCGUUCGGGUAUGGACUGAGCUAUACUCAGUUCGAGCUGAGCGAUGUGAAGUUGCUGGGCAAGAUCUCGGAAAACGUUGAUGACGGCGUCAAAGUUAUCGUGAAGGUAAAGAAUAUAGGCAGUAUAGCAGGGGCGGAAACAGUCCAGGUAUAUGUUGAGCCGCCUGCUGAGCGAAGCAUUGAUCGGCCUAUGAAAACGUUAGUGGGAUUUGCCAAAGCUGAGCUACAAGCAGGUGAGGCACAGGAGGUGGAGAUCAAUUUCAGGAAAGAUGGCGCCGCAUAUUGGGAUGAUGUGCAGAGCAGGUGGAUGGUCAGCGAGGGAGCACAUGCUGUAUUGAUUGCGACGAGCUCAGAUCCUAAGGAUGUCAAGGUCCGUUUGGAGACGGUAGUCGAGGUUGAUUUUGCAUUCGGUCCCUGA